GUAAUAUGCGUAAGGCAUAGAAGAAGUGUGGUUGUUUUGCUGUAAACUUGCUGUUAUAGCUCAGAACGACUCAUUUAAUGAAGUAAAAUGUCACUAUUGACUCAUUAAUCACUUCACAAAUACAUUUUACUAUAUAUUAAGUUCUUGGUAAUUUAAAAAGUAGCUUGAGAUAAUAUUUGAGCUGACUGUUUGCUUCUAAAUCACUGUUAGCAUUGUUAGCUCAACUGUAACUCAAUGUUAGCCUCUAGCCUUCUUUACUUGAUGUUAGAGUAACACAAAAAGAUGCCGUGGCUUCUCAGGGGUACAGGAAGUAACCUUUGCUUGUGUUACUGGCUUUGAUUCUUUAAACAACUCUGGAGCUUUUUGCCAGGCAUAGUUACAAAUGCCAGCGCUGCAGCGCUAGCUCGCAGCAUACACAGCAACCUCACAUCAACUGAUGUUCAACAGUAGCUACCACCCUCCUUUUAUUUUGAAAGGAGAAAAACUGACAACCCCCUGGUCGACAGAGAAUGCAAUACCGAAAUUUAUGAAAGUGACAUAAGAGAGGAUAUUUUAGAGUACACAGGAGCCAGUCCUAAGGCAAAGAUGUCUUCGACCAAACCAGCAUCUUCCAAAGAAAAACACCAAAACCAAGUCCAGGAUGAGAAAGAGCCAGAGAAGUGUAUAAAGGACCUGAAGUUAGCGAUCAAGAAGGUCGACAAAGCCAUUGCUAAGGAGGGAGAAAACCUGAGCAGGAUGCAGGCCGUCUACGAUGCUGACAAACUCCAUCUAGACACUUUAGUCACAAAGAUUGAACAUCAGGAAUCCUCAUUAGCAUCCUAUGUUAACUACAACAAAGUCAAGUCAACUGAACAUGACAACCGAAGAGAAGAGAACAUGAAUCUUCAGAGGGAGCUGUGUGAAAGUCAGGACCUCCUGAUGAAAGCGAAGCUGUCACAAUCCACUCUAUUCCAGAUGUCACCUCCAUGGUGGCAGGAAGCCCAAAACCUAAAGGAUCAGAAAGCUAAAGAUCCUCAGAAUGAGCAGAACUCUGGGUCUGAGGAGGCCACAGAUCACAAGGGUUUGAAUUCAGAACCUUCAGAAUCCACGAUGCCAUCAACCCAAGAAGAUGACGUCCUGACUGUGAGUUCUAACUUGUUAGCUGACAACCAGAGUUCUACGGAGCACUUCAGCAUCCCGAAGAUGCCGGAGAUCUUCUUCUCUGAUGCCGCACAGGCAUAUGAGUCGGUCUCAGAUUUAGUGCGUUCCAUCCUGUUUCUGAGAGAAAACACAAAGGAUUGCGGUCUGCAGAAGGACGUUGAGGCGAAACAGCGUCAAAUGAACGAUCAAGACGAGGAGCUGAGGCUGCAAGUCACAGAAAUGAAGGCCAAGAUAGAGCGAGAAAAGGAGAAGGCUGAACGCUUCAGAGGACAAGUUGAAUCCCACAAACAGGAAAAGGAUCAUAUGGAAGUUCUGGAUGAGGAAUUGACGAGCGUGCUUUCCCUGUGCGGAGUGAGAAGGUUGACUAGCUUCAGCACUGUGGAGAAGAUGAAGAUCAUUGAGAAACACGUACUCGAGUUGAUUACUCAAACCGAGAAGAUCCCAGUGGAAUAUUUAAAGAGAGAGAGGCAGAAAAAUCUCCGUAUGAAGAGGAAAAGAGAACAAGAGGAACGUCUGAGGCUGCAGAUGGAAGCCCACAGAGAAAAGAUCGAGAAGUACAAGGAGAAAGCCAUAAAGAAGACACUUAAAACUACCAGAAAGAUGCCCAUGCCGAGAUCCAACCCUGACUACAAUAAGGUCAAAGUGGUCAGUGAACCCGCUGGGCCCGCCAAGCCUCAACAAGAGGAUCUGGUUUCCUCCUUCUAUGAAUUACACGUUUAAAGCUUUUGUUCUGAUUCUGUUAAUUGAAUUUCUGUUUGUUGGAAGAUUUUGUCUCAACCUGUGGUUUUAUGUAUUUUGCCUCCUGGUUUGUACCUUGAGUCUGUGAUGUCACUGAUGAGCUAAACCUUGUAUUAAACAUGUGGUUUAUGCUGUUCUGUCGCUGGAAUCUGACGUUACGAUGUUUAUAGCAUGAAAUUAGCCAGUGGAAUGUGCCUUUUACUUGGUUUAAAAAGUUUUGUGAAAAAUAAAUACCUUCAGAAAGUCUAA